ACCACUAUAUUUGAACCAAAAAAAACAGAAUAAAUUUCUAUUCCCAAAAAAAAAAACAAAUUCUGUCUUUCUCUAAACAUUUAAUAUUCUCAAAAUCUUGUUGUUUAUAUAAAAUCUCAUUAACAUCAUCAAAAACCAAAGUUAUAGUGCCUCAUAUCAAAAAAAAUAAAAAUUGAAAGGUGAAAAAACAUGGGAUUUAAGGAUUUUCAACUCAAGAUAGCCAAGAAACUUAAGCUGAAAAACUUUAUUGGCAAAGAAGGAGGAGGAAACAAGAAGAAAGGAUCAGGAAAUGGGAAGAGGCUUCCAUGGAUGAUGCCAAUAACUCAUGGAUAUUACGUGGCGGAGGAAAGUCGAGACGGAGCAAGGCCACAAACACCUCAAAGUAACAAGGUGGAGUGUGAUAAAGUGGUGGUGCAAAGGGAACAAGUUGAGGAACAAGAGUGGUGGUUUUGUGGUGUUUUUGAUACUCGAAUUGGUGGCGGAGUUACCAAGUACCUGCAGGCUCAUUUGUUUGACAACAAUCUUAACGAGUCACAGAUGAAGAAGAAAAGCAAAGAAACAUUGAAAAAGGCACAUGUUCAUGCAAAAGCUAAGGUCAGGGAAACAGAAAAACUAGAAAGCACCUGGAAAAUGGGUUCAGCUUCUGCAUUAGUCAUCAACGGCGAGAGACUAGUACUCGCGAACAUGGGUGAAUACAAAGCUGUAGUAUGCAGAGACGGCGAAGCUUUUGAAAUUAACAGAAGGCAACAGCAAACAUCAAAGCCACAUUGGUCACAUAAGCUCUUCUCAGCUGCCAAACGCUCACCUAAAGCUGGAGAUGAUAAGCCUUCUAAAAGGUCGGAACUUGUUGUUGGUUCUGAAAGAAUUGAUCGCGAUACUGAAUUUGUUAUCCUAGCUAGCCCUGGCGUAUGGGAGGCAAUGAAGCAGCAAGAGGCAGUGAACCUGAUUAGGCAUUUGGAAGAUCCACAAGAAGCUGCUGAAUGCUUAGCGAAAGAAGCGAUAAAUAGAAUGAGCAAGAGCAAUAUUUCUUGCCUUAUCAUUAGGUUUGAGUGAUGCAGAAAUGAGAAAGUUUGUUGUAUAACUUGAUAGCAUUUCUGAAUGAAACUGCACAUUUUCAUCAACUUUACAUACUCUGUAUGAGUAAUCCUUCCCAUUUACAGAACUGGGAAGUUAUAUUUAUAUAUUAGGAGUGAUAUAUUUUUAGCAUAUUAAAGUUUGCUUUGUUCAAGCAAAUACUUCUGUAAGCUCAAGCUAGGAUCUCAGAACUAGUUUUGGCAAUGUCAAGAAAAAAAAAAUCUAGAUUAUUACUUUUCUCUU